AUGUACAGCCACAUUCCGGCGCUCAGGCCAAUAUGGCUGCCUACUUCGCCACGAUCCAGCCCGGCGACACACGUGAUGGGGCUCAGUCUGGAUCACGGCGGCCACCUCACCCACGGGAGCCCAGUGAACUUCUCCAACAAGCUGUACGAGUUUGUUCCGUACACCGUCGAUCGCGAGUUGGAGUUAAUCGACUACGACGAAGUACGGCGCCUGGCAAUGGAACAUCGUCCCAAGAUCAUAGUCAGCGGAGCGACCGCAUACACUCGUACGAUCGAGUUCGACAAAUUCCGAGAGAUCGCCGACGAAGGUGACGCGAUACUCAUGGCAGACAUCGCCCACAUCGCAGGCCUCGUUGCAGCCGGCGAACAUCCCACUCCGGUCGGCCAUGCCCAGAUGGUCACUUCUACAACCCACAAGACGCUUAGAGGCGCGCGCGGCGGCGUGAUCCUCUGUGACUCUGACCUCGCACGCAAUGUGGACCGGGCUGUAUUCCCCAACGCUCAGGGAGGUCCACUUCAGCACGCCGUAGCCGCCAAGGCAGUCACCUUCGGCGAGGCGAUGACCGAAGAAUUCUCCGCUUACCAGAAGCAGGUAAGGGCCAAUGCCGUGGCCUUGGGAGAUACCCUGACAGGUGGCGGACUCCGGCUGGUGUCAGGCGGGACCGACAAUCACAUGGUACUGGUGGACUUGCGUCCUCUCGAAGUUACAGGCCGACAGGCUGAAGAGGCGCUGGGACGGGCAAAUAUCGUGGUCAACCGCAACGCCAUCCCGUACGACCCCAAGCCGCCUCGCGUAGCCAGCGGCGUUCGUCUGGGUACUGCUGCCAUAUCGAGCAGAGGGUUAAGAGAGAACGACGCGCGCAGUGUCGGUGAAAUGAUCCUCAGGGUGCUUAACGACAUCGACAACAAUGCCGUACAGUCUCAGGUCCGAGACGAAGUGCUUGAAAUGGCGCCAGGGUUCCCGAUCCCCGGUAUCGACUCCUAG